AGAUUAUUUCUGUGGAGUGAAGUUUGAUGGGCAGGCUGUUAACUACGUCUCUCUCUUCAACGAGGUCCAGCUUCAGGUCGCUGCUUCAGCUUCCUCGGUCAUCAUCAUCACUGUGAGUAUCUGUGUGGUUCUGCUGCUGAUUGGAGGAAUAACACUGAUCUACUACAAGCUGAGAUACUCCAAGACGAAAGCCACUGUAUCUCCAACCACAUCAACUGGACCAACUAAUACAACAGAUGGAGAUUAUAUGAUUAUGAGAAGCAGACCAGCACCAGCAAGGUUCCAAUCUACCACAGUCUCAAUGCCAAAACCUACCAGUCAGAUUCAGUCUACCAUAGCCUCAACCUCAAAACCAACCAAUCAGAUACUCCCUACCAGAACUGCAUCGCCAAAGCCAACCAAUCAGAUUCAGCCUACCAAAAUCUCAACCAUAUAUGCUAAUGAUCAAAUUAGGUCUACCGCCACCUCAACCUCAAAACCAAAUGAUCACAUUCUGUCUAACACAGCCUCAACUCCAAAACCAACCAAUCAGAUUCACCCUGUCAAAGCCUCAACCCCAAAACCAAUCAUAGCCUCAACCUCCAAAUCAACCAAUCAGAUUCACCCUGUCAAAGCCACAAACCCAAAACCAAUAAAUUCCUCAACUUCAAAAUCAACCAAUCAGAUUGAUCCUGUCAAAGCUACAACCACAAAGCCACCCAAACAGAUCAAACCAAUCACUGCCUCAGCCUUAAAAUCAACCACAAGCCUUAACCCUAGAACCAACCAAUCAGAUUCAGUCUACCAAAGCCUAAACCCCAACACCGACCAAUCAGAUUCAGUCUACCAGAGUUUAAACCCCAACACCAACCAAUCAGAUUGAGUCUACCAGAGCCUAAACCCCAACACCAACCAAUCAGAUUCAGUCUACCACAGUCUAAAACCCAACAUCAACCAAUCAUAUUCAGUAUACCACAGUCUAAACCCUAACACCAACCAAUCAGAUUCAGUCUACCAGAGUUUAAACCCCAACACCAACCAAUCAGAUUGAGUCUACCAGAGCCUAAACCCCAACACCAACCAAUCAGAUUCAGUCUACCACAGUCUAAAACCCAACAUCAACCAAUCAUAUUCAGUAUACCACAGUCUAAACCCUAACACCAACCAAUCAGAUUCAGUCUACAUGGGUCUCAAACCCAAAACUAACCAAUCAUAUUCAGUCUACCACAGUCUAAAACCCAACACCAACCAAUCAGAUUCAGUCUACAUGGGUCUCAAACCCAAACAUCAACCAAUCAGAUUCAGUCUACCAGAGCCUAAACCCAAACACCAACCAAUCAGAUUAAUGCUCAGUCUGAAUCACCAGGAGCAAAGCUGCUAAGAGCUCCAGGAUAAAUAUCACACAGUGGAAAAGAGC